UGAAUAUCUCCACUGAAAUCUUUCAACGAUAUGAGUCUCGCAUAUUUACUCUCUCUCGAGGCCAAAGAUCCCCACUCGGACGCGAUAUGGGGCGUGCACUCGUCGCCAAGCUCGCAAGUUAUCUCGGUGUCUGCCUCUGGUCAAGUUCAUGCGUAUGACUCGACGUCGGGACAACUCUCAAUCUCUGCUCCUGCACAUACUCUGGGUAUCGUUAGUCUUAGCGUCAGCCCGGACGGAAAGCGCGCGCUCUACAACACCAUCGAGGGAUUAACGUGCCUAUGGGAUCUUGAGAAGAACGAGCUGGCUGGGCGAUGGGAGAGUUAUCAGAGGAAAGGCCAUGGGGAACCAGCUUGGUCUGUGUCGUUAAACCCGAUUGGAGCGACAUAUGCUGCGACUGGCGGAGGAGGGAACGUCAGCAUCCAUUCAGCGGAUCCGUCGAGCUUUGGCGAGCCGCAAGCUAAAUUAUCGAGCGGGAGGAAUAAAUUCGGGAUGUUCUGCAAACAUAGUCCGGACGGUGCGCGCCUUGCGCUAUCCUCCGAAACCGGCCAGAUAUACAUCUUCGACCUCGCAUCCUCUCAGCUGACAGCGACCUACACCUCACACGCAAUGGCUGUUCGCUCGCUUGCAUGGAGUCCGGAUUCUCAGCUACUUCUGUCCGCGUCAGAAGACAAGCGUCUAAUACUCCAUGAUGUACGAGGCGCAGGCGCCAAAGGCGGCGGCGCUGUUGCCUCACUCACGGGACACACCUCGUGGGUCCUCUCAAACGAUAUCUCCCCUGACGGUCGACUGGCUCUAUCCGGGUCCGCGGAUCGCACAGCGAAGUUGUGGGACCUGUCCUCCCGGGCAUGUGUAUCGACGAUUCAGGACCCGUGCGCCGGUGAGGUGUGGUCGGUGUCGUGGCAGAGGGGCCCUACGACAGGAGGUGCGAGCGGGUUCGUGACGGGUGGUGAGGAUGGUGUAGUGAGGUGGUGGAGGGGAGCGGGGGCUGCUUAGGAACGUGAGUCGCAAUGAGAGACGUGCCCUUCUGCGGGUUUGUAGGACAGUACUUGUAAGACAAAUCUGUCCAAAAUGCACAGAUAGUGCGUCACGUUUCCUACAAGCGAGUAGCCUCAGUCCCUACGCUUAUGUUCGCGCUCAAUUCGAGCCCCUGGUAAUGGGGUGACUUGCCCUGC